UUAAUUUACUUCUUUAUUCCAGGAUGACUUUCUCGGUUUUGAUGGGUUCAGAGUAGAUAAUUGUAAUAUUCGGAUCAAGUGGACGGAAGGAAGAGUGCAAAAACACAGGAAGAAGAAAAAAAAAGAUGCCGAACAUCUUGAUGAAAGUGUUUUCGAGGGGAGGGUCGUCAUCGUCGACACUCGACAGUGCUGCCAAUUACCCGGAAGUGACAGAGGCCAGCGAAAUUUUCGGCACCAACUCUGGCCGAUCGUCGUUCACGUGCUCGAAAAAGACCGUCGUUCUCGUCGGUGUCGUAGCAUGUGUCGUCGUCAUCGCUGUCAUCAUGACCACAACUGGCUUGACAUCGAAAAAACAGGAUGACAACAAGCCAUUGUCUACGAGAGCGACACGGAAAUCGACGUCAGAAAUUCGAGCAACUGCUGUACUUGGAGCUCUCAAGUCAAAUGACACUUCAUCGGAUGGGAAGCGAUUGACGAUCCCGACGCUGAAUGAUUUCCUCAACGGCGUUUACUCUGCCAAAUCCUUCCGAGGCAAGUGGAUUUCGGCGAGCAAAUUCGUGCAAAGAAGCGACGAAGGCUCGUUGGUGUCGCAUGACGUGGUCACUGGCCAAGUGGAGACCUUGGUGCCGUCCGAAGUGCUGGCCAACAUGUCCAUAUCGUCACACGUCGUCAGUCCUGACGGGAAAAAGGUCCUGUUGUUGACGGACGUGCACAGGAUUUACAGGUAUUCGAAAUUGGCCAAGUAUUUCGUCUACGACGUCGACACCAAGCGAAUCGACUUCCUGACGCCGAAUCCGACCAAGCAUUUGAGUCUCAUGCUGGCCGAAUGGUCGCCGACUUCGAAUGCCAUCGCUUACGUUUUCAAUUCGGAUAUCUACUACCAGACUCUGCCCAUUUCGAGGAACAACUUGCCCAUCAAACUCACUGUGGAUGGAGUGCCUGGAAUGGUGUUCAAUGGAUUAGCUGAUUGGGUGUAUGAAGAAGAAGUGCUAAGCACUGCUCAAGCCAUGUGGUUCAAUGAAGAUGGUUCAGCACUUGGUUAUGCUCAAUUCAAUGACACAGAAGUGCCUCUGAUGGAAUUCCCCAUUUAUGGUCCCAUCACUGAUGAUAACCUGUAUCCUGAAAUCUACCAACUGCACUACCCAAAAGCUGGCACAACCAACCCCACCAUCACUCUGUACACUGUCAACUUGAAUGCUGCAAGACAGCAGAACAAUGAGCCUGUUGUGUCCAAGAUUAGAGUGCCCAGAGAGUUGCACCAGACUGAACAUUAUUUUGCUUUGGCUCAAUGGCAGCCAAAUGCUGCUGGUGGCAAGUUCAUGGUGGUAUGGAUGAACAGGAACCAGAAUGUCAGUCUGUAUUCCUUGUGUUCUGGCAACUAUGGAGAGGACUGGGAAUGUGAUAUUGUGCACAGUGAUGAGGUUUCUGGAGGGUGGACAGACCCUUACACCAUCCCAGUCUUCAGCAAUGAUGGGACUUCAUUCAUUCAGAUACUUCCUGCAAAUGAAGGUGAUGGUGGUCGCUUCAACCACAUUCACAUUUUGGAGCUGAAUACUCUCCAAUUACUUCAGGUUUCAACUGGGACACUCACAGUAACCAAAGUGGUUCAUUGGAGGGAAACAAGUGGUGCCAUCUACUUCAUUGCAGCUCCAUUAGCUCACCCUUCACAGCGACAUCUGUACAAGACUAUGGACCCAAGAGUGAAAGCUAGAAUUGUGUCCCCUAAGACCAGACAUGUGGCCAAGGAAAAGGCAGCUGUGGAGUGCCUCUCCUGCACAUGGACCAACCUUCAAGGACAACCUUGUUUGUAUGCCUCUGUGGAUGCGAGCAAAGAUGGUAGCCAUUUUGUAUUCGAGUGCCAAGGUCCUCUGUCCCCAAGUGAAUUUUAUCUGUAUGAAACUGACUCUCUGCGCAAAAUUGGUACCUUGGUGACCAAUGAUGAGGUGUACCAACAGCUCCAGGGCUUGGACUUGCCAAUGACCAUGGACCUUGAGGUGGAUGCUGGAAGAGGAAAGCAGAGGUCAUUCACUGCAAAGGUCAGAUUGCUAAUGCCUCCCAGCUAUGGCAGAAGAAAGUCUGGACAAGUGCAAAAGUACCCUAUGCUAGUGUACACUUAUGGUGGACCAAACUCUCAGAUAGUGAGGGAUGCCUACAGAGGAGUGGAUUGGGCAACAGUGCUUUCAUCAGGUCAUGAAAUCAUCUAUGCAAUGAUAGAUGGUAGAGGAUCUGGACUCAGGGGCAAUGAGCUGCUGUUUACACUUCACCAUGGACUUGGGACUGUGGAAGUUGAGGACCAGAUUGGAGUGACUAGACACCUGAUCCAGACAUACGAUUUUAUAGAUGCAGAUAAAGUGGGGAUUUGGGGUUGGAGUUAUGGGGGAUUUGUAGCUGGAGCUGCCUUAUCCAGAGGAGAUGUUUUCAAGUGUGGUGUGAGUGUUGCACCGGUGACCAAUUGGCUGUACUAUGACUCCAUUUACACUGAAAGGUACAUGGGGUUGCCUGAUGACUACCCAGAUGCUUAUGAAGCUGCAGAACUGACCUCAGAUCCAGAGGGUUUCAAAAACAAACUUUAUUAUCUGAUUCAUGGGAAUGCUGAUGAUAAUGUGCACUAUCAGCAGUCCAUGAUGCUUUCCAAAGCUCUUGAGCUGCAUGAUGUACUCUUCAGACAGCAGAGUUACCCUGAUGAGAACCAUUCUUUGGGUGGAGUACAAAGGCACUUGUAUCACUCAAUGCUGAACUUCUGGACCAAGGAUUGCUUUGGAAUCAAUUAGGCUUUCUGAAAUUGCUGCCUUUUUAUUUUUAAGAAAUAUUGCAGCCCCAAAUGCAAACCUCAAGUUGCAUGUUCUAGCAGCAUGUGAUGUAUCAUACACAGCAUUUGCAAAAUGGCAAAUCCUUCAAAGAAUGUGACUGUGACUUGGGGUUUGCAGGAAAAUGAGCUUCUGUCUCUUAUGUGCCUUUGAGAAGACUCCAAGUGGUUGUGCAGAAGGCUUGUCUGUGAUGGCUGGACUGUGGUCCAAGCUAAAGGUUGACUGAUGGUUGAUGUGAAAGAUGUUCCAAAACUUCUUUAUUUCUCUGGAGGUGUUGUCUAGUCAAUCUUUAAUCCUGAAGUUCUGGUGAAGCUUAAACUAUAUUUUUUUUUCCUUUGCUCUGUUGGGUUGAAUUUACAUGGUGUGGAAAGAAAACGGAUGACAAUUUUCA